GGUCUCUAUCAAACUAUAUUUUCAUUGUCAAGUUCUGCAUGAAUUUGUUCCUGAACUCCCGGAGGAUUCAUAAGAUAACAAAUUGCCCAGGACAAUGUUGAGUUUGUGAUGGAUAAUCCUGCGAUCCACAAAUCCGUACAUGUAUUCGAGAGUUGUUUGUCGGAAAAUAGCUCCAACUCGCCUUGAUCUUCUUGUCGUCGCUGCUCUUUAAGCUAAUCUUGCUCCUGGCCUAAUUGUGCGUCACAUUUUUGGAAAAUAUCUUCAACUUCUAUUAAGAUUUUUUCCUGCAUCAGAUCUUUUCCAAGACCGAAAUCUCGUAAAGUGGAAAGGGCGAAUCUACGAUGUGUGCUCCAUAGUAAGCCAUUGGAGUCGAUGAGCCCAUAGAGUCCACCACGAAACUUUUCAUUGAACGGCUGUGGAUAAUUGUCUUUAUAAGUGUCACCAUCUCGAAUAAAAGUUUCUUUCAAUAAAU